GUCGUCCUCGCUCUCCUGACCAUGAUGCGGGUGACAAGCGUGAUCCGGUACGUGACUCUGUUCCUCACGCUGCUGGGCACAUGGUACCUCACACAGAUGUACUUCGAUCAGAGCUGGAAAGCCAUCAGCCUGCGAAGCUGGCUCGGUGAGGCACUGGAAGGGCUCCAAAUUGAGCCACAGCCCAGGCACAAGUGUGGGAACCAGAAAAGCUGCCCCCAGAACUAUUUUGCCUUCAAGAUCAUCAGCGGUGCUGCAAACGUGGUGGGACCCUCCAUCUGCUUCAAUGACAUGAUCCUCAUGAGCAGUGUGAAAAACAACAUUGGCAGAGGCCUGAACAUUGCACUGGUGAAUGGAACGAACGGACAGCUCCUGAAAACUGACACAUUUGACAUGUACUCUGGAGACAUUAGCAAACUGGAUACCUUCCUCCAGAAGAUCGAGCGCGGCACCAUCGUGCUGACAGCCAGCUAUGAUGAUGCUGCCACAAAGAUGAAUGACAAAGUAAGGGCACAUUUUACGGAGCUGGGCAGCAGCCACAUAAGCAAACUGGGCUUCCGGGACAACUGGGUCUUCUUGGGAGCAAAAGGGCUGAAGAACAAGAGCCCCUUUGAAGAGCACAUCAAAAAUGAUGCGAAGACAAAUAAAUAUGAUGGCUGGCCUGAGCUGCUGGAGAUGGAGGGCUGUGCCCCCAGGAAGAUGGAUUAG